CCAAAAAUAGAAAGACAAACAAAAGGCAACAACUAGGGUCAAAUUUUUUCUUCUUCCAAAUUCAUGUUGGGAACAUUAUUCCCCUCUUUAAUUCUUGACAAUUUUGAUCAACCUACAAUUCAUUUUGAUCAUUUCUACUCAAAAAAUAUAUAUAUUCUUCUUGCUUUUGAAUAUGGUGAGCCUACAAGGAUUAAAUGAAGAAAGAUUGGUAGCUGUGGCCAUUGAUAAAAAUAAAGGAAGCCAAUAUGCACUUAGAUGGGCUACUGAAAAUGUACUUACAAAAGGCCAAAAGGUUACAUUACUUCAUGUUCCUCAAACUCAAACUACAUCAGCACCACAAUCUCCAACUGAAUGUAACAAUGUAGGAGGUAAUGAUUCAUCAAUCGGACAAGAUUCAAAUAGCCAAUGUACAGAUUUGUUCCUUCCUUUUCGCGUCUUUUGUUCUUUCAAAGAAAUAGCUUAUGACCUAAUCAUACUUGAAGGUCAAGACAUUGCAAAGUCUCUUAUUGACUAUGUUUCACUAUAUAGAGUUCAAAAUUUGAUACUUGGUUGUCCAUCAAAGAAUGGGAUUUCAAGACUUUUCACAAAAAGUGAAGUUGCAAAUACUGUAAUGAAGAAGGCACCAAGUUUUUGCAAUAUUUACAUAGUUUCCAAAGGGAAAAUCAGUUCUACAAGAAUGGCUUCUCAUCCGUUGAAACGGAGAUUCUCGAAUCCUAGCAUACGAGUCCCACCACAACGCAAUUCCAACUUUGAUGCAACUAAUUUAAUGUCUCGGGUGAGUAUAUCAACCAACAAGACAUCAGAUGAUCAGGUUUAUGUGGCAAAAGCUGAUAAUUCAUUUUCAGGUUCUGAUAGAAUGAGCACAGAUAGUACUUUGUUCCUGGAUUGUUAUGAUAAUUUAGGAAGUGAAGUUCAUUCUCAUCGUCCCUCAGUAUCUAUGGACAGCAAAAACGUUGGAGAGCUUACAAGGUUGUCUGGUUUUGGUCCUACAAGGUUGGCUGAUCAUAUCCAUUCCACAAAUGACUUUCUACUAUCUGAACAGAAAUGUGAAGAAAAUCCAUUGUCCUCCGAUAAAAUUAAAGAAAUGGGAGAAAAGCUGAGAAGACUAGAGUUACAAACAAUUCAAACUAUGGAAAUGUACCAUGCAGCCUGCAAAGAAGCACUACGAGAGAAGCAAAAGUUGAAGGAACUUGAAAAUUUGAGGAAGGAAGAUGUGAAGAAACUAGAAGAAGCGAGACGAGAAAAGGAAGAGGCAUUGGAUCGUGUUGCCAAGGAGAAAGCAUUAAGAAUUGCAUCAAAGGAAGAGGCGAAAGCUGCUCAAAGAAAGGCUGAAAGAGAGGCACAAAAGAGAAAGCGUUUUGAAAGAAAAGCGCUUAAAAAAUCUGAGGCCAAGAAGUCUACUAUAAAGUCCUUAGUUCACUCCCAAAAGGCUAUAAAGUAUCAAAGUUUACUUAGGAUACUUGUGGUUUCGAUAAUUUUCUACCUUUAUUUCUUUGCGUUGAGAUGAUCAUUAGUCAUGAGUAGAGAAGAAAAUGUGAGGGAUAUGAAGAGGAAGUUCUUCCGGCAAUAUCAGGCAUAUUACUAAUCGAUUAUUUGGCCUGGUCAUUGAUAUUGUCAUCAAUGA